GAGGGUAGAAUCAUGAAAGAGCGGAGGAGACCACGUCUCUCUGCCAGUAGGUCAUGAGUCCGCAGGCAUCGGUUCUUCGGCGUGCCAUUCUUGGAACCAUUCAUGGAACUUGGAAUGACCGAGUACAGUCUUGCACAUAAACCUUCCUCGGUUUCAUCCUAUCUUAUCUUCUCUUCUCUCAUACAGGAAUAUUUAAAUAUCUACAAUUCCUUCAAGUUGCUAAUCUUGAACUUGGCUUACAUCAGAUUCGAUUAUAUUUUAUAUAAUAAAUAAAAAUCAACUUAUUUCCAUUAAAGGUGUAAUCAGUUAAAUGUACAUUUAUUUUUAUUCUUAUUAAGAUAAAAUCAAUCAGUGUACAGUAAAUUUCACUUUCUUCAGUUACUUGUAAUUCGACGCCAGGCUAAACGAUAUGUCGCGUUUCAAGUGGAAAAUGACCAUCAUUGGUCAGACACGGCGCUCCGAAGCCAUACCGAUACCUUCACUCUGUUAAAAACAAUUUAAUCCUUUCAAGAUACACUUUUUUAACGAAUGAACGCGACAGCAUAAUAGCGUAGAAUAUAAUACACUCAAGCUUGAAAAAGUACAAGCUGAUUAUAAUUUUUUAAGUGACAUAUUGGAUUACGUUUUGUCGCUUAGCGAUAUAAUAAUUUAUAUUCCUAUAGAUCUCAGUGGUAUCAGAAAACUUAUAACUUGUCUCAGUUGUCUUAAAAGUUAAAUUCCAUUUCUACAAUAUAAGAAAUAAACAAAGACCUAUAUAGAAGAAAUCUUGCAUUAACGAAUACCAUAUUCGCUCGUAUUCAAUCCUCUGCCAUUCGAAAAUGAAAUUUCAUAGAUUCAACGAUCGAGACAAUUUGACGAUCAUCGUUUAAUAUCGAUUCUCCUUAGCACGAAACUGAGACAUCCUUCGAAAGAUGAACAAAGAAUCUACCUACGAAAUAAAUCUCCUACCCUAGAACGUCGAUAUUUAACUAUAACAACCCUUAACCAUUCAAAAAUCGAGACUUUAUAUAUUCGACAACCAACGUACGAUUCGACGAUCAUCAAUUAAUAUCAAUCUUCCCCAGAAUGAAACUGGGACGUUUCUCGAAAGUUGGCGUUCAGUGUAAUUUCUGGAAUUCCGAGGCGAACUUGGAAAAAGCAUCGGCGGUCUGAGGGAUCCCCUAUGGAAACUCCAUCAAUAUUUUCCAAUCAGCAUUCGAUUGCACGGUACAUCCCUACCCCUCUGGCUUGUUCGUAGUCGGGGGCAAAUACGGAGGGUGUAAGGGGGUCGCAGUGUAGGCGUAUAUGGUGGUGGUAUGCGGCAUAGUCGGCAUAGCGCCGCGACUCCCCGACGCCAUAUUGCAUUAUUAAGCACCCCUAUCAGUUUCUCACCCCUGCAUUCCAGCAUUAUGAACGUUUUUAUCCCUAAAGGGCGUCGUUUUGCCUAUGUGAAACGAAACGGGUGCUUCCACUGGUGGAUACUAAUUCGAUUCUCACGUUAUUUCAUCAAGAUCCUUGAUCCUUGAAAAACCUCUGAUCGUUUCUUCGCGCGUCAACUUCUUCAUUUAUGGAAAUUAUACCGGUACGCGUAUCCGGAAGAAUUUGUUGGACAGAUACCGAGACACUUUUUCCGAUCGAUUACGAUUAAAGAUUUAGGCACGGAGCGCUUUCGAUGUACGUCUAGUUCAGCGUUCGCUACGUCACAAAUCAUUAUUUGUCCUAUAUCGGAUACAGAAACUGUUACGUUAGGCUCGUGCACGUCGAUGGCGGCAGAUAGAUAGUCGACAACAUCGCGUUUGCGUCGUUGAAUUACGAUUUCUAUGUUAGUGUGAGACUUUGUAGAGAAGGAAAGUAACUUGUUAAAAGGAACUAAUGGCAAACAGAAUUUCCAGCGUUUGAUCGUUCAAUCUAUAACGAGGAAAUGUGUUUCAUCGAUGUCGGUGAACUAGUUAGAAACAUUGUUUCUUAGCCAUCGAGUGUUUCUCGCUAUUCGACCCGAUAUGUUUUGUUCGAGCAACGAAGGAAACUAAUUUCGACGUGACGGUAGAUCUGACGAGAUUCCUCAUGUAUCAGAGGAUUCUCUAAACGAGAGAACGAAAGGUCAAGGAGUUCCGGACCACUUUUGGUGCAGCUGCAUCGCUACGACUUUUAAAGGGAGAGAGGACGAGAUAUUCUGCGUCUGACACCUUUUUAACCAUACCUACGCGCUCUUUUCCCACCUUAAUAAACCAUCGGGCGCUCAGAAGCCUUGCUUCCAAUUUAUUCGAGUGGCCAACUCUUCUAUGGAGAAGACGCUCAACGAUUUCAUCGCCAAUGAACGGCGCAAGCCGUUUUCAGAAGUUUUCCUCCAAUACCCCGGAGGAGAACUACGCUCCCUCGAACGAUUGUAUGAACAUUUCCGAGUCAAUCGACCUGCAGAAUGAAGUUUCCCCGCGCGAAGACCUUCCUAUUCCCUAUUUCAUCGUAUGACCUAUUACGAAAUCAAACAACCAUCCAACGAUGCCUUCUUAAACAAGUUCGUUAGAACUCGUUGUUUCGUUAAGAAACCGUGCUCCUCUCAUUGAUAAUACACGUAACGAUAAACUACGUAAUCAGUGAGUGUCACAGAUACGACUGUAAAUUGUAAAGUCUACCAUUACAUCACUUUCUGGAAUCGUCUAUGGAACAUCGUCAAGUUCAUUAUCGUUCAAGGACACCUCUUAGAAGCUUGCCAGAUUGCUAGAAGAUUGCAGCCAAUCAGAAGCACGUGUCACCCUUCGUAAAAUUCCGUCCAAUCUAACGAUCUAUAUGAUCAAAAUUAUAUUCACCGGUAGAGAAGUAAAGAACGAAUUUUCAAAGAAUACACGAUUUUGACUAGGCGCGGCCGUUAAAGUUUCGUGAGAAAGAGCAAGCAUGAGGUUACUGAUUGAACGAAGGGCAGUCGGUGCCCUUACGUGUCUAUUUCAAUCUUCCCUUUAACGGAAAUUGCGUUCCUAGCCAUACAUAGAUCCACCCAUUUCUCCCGCUCGUCCUUUCGAGGAUCCGCUAAGAAGAUCGUACGGAAGGACGCGUUUGCGCAGGAAUUGAAGAAUCCUCGCUCCCUGGAUCCUCGAUAUAUCCGCGGUGGUAGGCGAAAGUGCGGAUUGUUCGGUCGUGGCUCAUUCAACGUACACCGGUUGGACCUUACGAUCUUCGUCGUCGUCGCUAGCAACAGGUAGGACGGUCUUCCGCGUGGGGACUACGAAUUUUCCUUCAAGUCCUUCCGAUCGUGACAAAAAGUGAAAUUACAAAAUAUAUCCAAACAUCUUUCCGCAUCGUAUAACGAGAUACUGCGGUAAUUUUUUUUACGUUUUAAAGGAAGCAAGAGUGUCUGUGUCGAGGGUUGAUCCUUCGAGCGAAUACAAUUCUGCAUUCAUCGAUGUUCUCACCAAUUAGUUGUCUUUAUUCGACGUGUUGUUCCAGUGAAACUAAGAAAGUUUCUGUAAUAUCUUUAUCGUAUCGUUUAUCCCUUUGUCGACGACCGACGUAUAUAUACGUUCAGUGCGAAGCAUCAACGUAGCCGGCAAAUCCAUAUAUUAUACGUUCGACGAGAACGAAUGAUAAAGACGAAAGACAAAAGUUUGCGCUUUUGACGAGCAAAAUAUUAAAAUUUUCCUUUCGCAAAUUCAUAGGAAGAUUGUAAUUUUGAAGUUACUGAAAGUAAGAGUGUCUAUGUAAUUCCGCGUUUACCAAUUUCUUUAAUUUCAUUGACGAAUUAAUCGUGUCGCAUUUAGUGGCAGAUACAGAGUGGAAAAGGGUUCAUCCUUAUCGAGCUUGUGACAGAUAUUAUUAUCGAAUUAACUAGAAAGUAGAACAACAAGUAAAUUCGUGAUAACUGUGAUGAUAAACGAAAUCACGUUCUAUCCAAAGGUUUUCAAGGACCAAACAGAUCAUCAUGGAUAUUCAGGAGUUUCGCAUGCGUGGCAAGGAGAUGGUGGAGUACAUUUGCGAAUUUAUGAGUAAUAUUCACAACCGGAGAGUAACACCGGACGUUGGCCCCGGAUAUUUGAGACCCCUCCUACCAUCGGAAGCACCGCGGGAACCUGAACCUUGGCAGGACAUCAUGAGGGACGUCGAAUCGAAGAUCAUGCCCGGAAUAACUCACUGGCAACAUCCACGGUUUCACGCGUACUUUCCAGCUGGAAAUUCUUUUCCAUCGAUUCUUGGCGAUAUGUUGUCGGAUGCAAUAGGUUGCAUUGGGUUUUCAUGGGCGGCCAGUCCAGCCUGCACGGAGCUCGAGACGAUAGUCUGUGACUGGUUCGGCAAAGCUAUUGGUCUACCGACGGACUUUCUUUAUUUUAGCCCUGGUAGCAAAGGAGGUGGUGUGAUACAAGGCUCAGCUUCGGAGUGUGUUUUAGUGUGUAUGCUGGCAGCAAGAGCUCAAGCUAUCGGUAGAUUAAAAGAGUUACCUGCUCACGCACAUUUGGACGAAACUGCUCUUUUAGGAAAAUUAAUGGCUUACUGUAGUCGCGAAAGUCACAGCUGUGUCGAAAAGGACGCGAUGAUCUGCUUCGUAAAAUUAAGGAUUUUGGAGCCCGACGACAAGAGCGUUCUUCGUGGUGAAACUUUGCGUCAGGCAAUCGAAGCUGAUACAGCCGAAGGAUACAUCCCCUUCUUCGUUUCAACUACUUUAGGCACAACUGCUUGUUGCUCCUUCGAUAAUCUCAGAGAAAUCGGUCCAGUUUGUAAAAAAUAUCCAGGCGUAUGGUUACACGUGGAUGCGGCUUACGCAGGCAACUCGUUCAUUUGUCCGGAACUAAAGUACCUGAUGGCUGGUAUCGAAUACGCAGAUUCUUUCAACACCAACACGAACAAAUUCCUAUUAACGAACUUCGAUUGUUCCUGUCUCUGGGUUCGUGACAGAUUCAAGCUGACUGGCGCGCUCGUCGUCGAUCCUCUUUACCUGCAGCAUACUCACGCGGAUACAGCCAUCGAUUAUAGACACUGGAGCAUACCACUGAGCCGACGAUUUCGUUCCUUGAAGCUGUGGUUCGUGAUGAGAAGCUACGGGAUAUCCGGUUUGCAGGCCUACAUUCGAAAUCACGUUCAAUUGGCGAAAAGAUUCGAGGCGUUGGUGAGGAAGGAUUCGAGAUUCGAGCUCUGUAACGAAGUUGUGUUGGGCCUGGUUUGUUUCCGAGCAAAAGGCACCGACAAGCUAAAUCAGAAGCUUCUCAGUGCUAUCAAUGAUUCUGGAAAGCUGCAUAUGGUGCCAGCCAGAGUGAAUCAACGCUUCACGAUUCGUUUCGCACUUGCUGCGCCGAAUGCCACCGCUUCUGACGUUGACAUAGCGUGGAGCAUAAUCACGGAUUAUCUAGCUGAGUUGUUAGAGUCCAAGGAUGUCAUGGACGAGUUGACACAGAGGAAAAUGCUCGAGGAGAAGAAGAGGGCCACUUUGGAGCAAAGAAGGUCCUUCUUCGUCCGCAUGGUGUCCGAUCCUGCGAUUCAGCCUGGUUUUACGAAGACGCCAAACAGGACAGGGGGAAAACUCGAUACUCAAGCAACCAUCGGUGGUAUCGGUUCGAAUCCUACGAACAGCGCAACUAUGUCUGACGGUAGACGUUCGUGGAUAUCGUGGCCACUGGCGUAUCUGAUGAAGGACGCCGCCGAUACUAGCGAACUAUCUCUUAGAUUUCGUCAUCUGGAUACCAUGGUACGGCUGAAAGCAAGCGGUACCGGAAGUCGUCGCGGAAGCAGCAACGGAUGCAGUCCGGAUCCAUCGCCAUCCGCUUCGCCGUCCCGUGGAAGAUCGCCAAAUGGCAGAGCGUAAAACCUUGCCCGAUCCUUCAUCGUUUUUUUUUCCUCUAAAGUUUCGAAAGUUUCUCCAGAUACAUUGACAGGAAUGAAACUUAUAUAACGAAGCAACAACGAUUCUCGCAAUCGAAUCACGUACGGAUACUGCCGACGGAAUCGUCGAUUAAAAAGAAACGGUGCAAGAUUCUCAAACAAGAAAAUUCCCUUAAAAUUGCUCAGCAACAGUCGACGAAUGAAAAUAUGGUCGAAAUUGAUCGACGACCCUGUUUGAUCGUGGCAUCGUUUUUCGUCGCCUGUUUAGUCAGCCCUUCGGGACUGUGUGCAGUAGUUGCAAAGUUUCGCGUUCACGGCUCGACCGAAGGAAGCGGCUCGAUAGAUAUAAGUACAUCAUCUUUACUUGCUUAUCGAUCUGUUUAUAUAAGUGUGCUCUCUUUGGAUCGCGACAGAAUCGUGUACCACGUGAAACACGCUACGUAUGUAACAUAUUAUUCUAUCCAAUA